AUGAUAACUGCAAAGCAACUCGAGAGACCCAGAGGAAUGUUCAUUGCAGCUUCAAAAACGGUCAAUUCAACAUCAGUCGAAAUACAACGACUAGAGAUGGAACAAAGAAGACAGAGAGGAAGACCAAGAGUUCAUGAUAGUGACAGCGCACGCCAGCGCAGCCGAAGAAUGCGUGAAUCCGAGGAAGAAAGGUCUGCUCGCCUAGAAGCCAAUUCUUUUCGCCAGCGGCAAAGGCGUGAGAAUGAAAGUACCCAAGAAAGAAGUGUAAGGCUGGGUGCAGAUGCUGGAAGACACCAGUUAACGCGUAUAAGUGGAACUGCGGAAGAAAGGACUGCACGACUCGCUGAAGAUGCUCGACGCCAGCGCGCGAGGCGAGCAUCGCAAACGGCUGAAGAGCGGUCAUUCAGCCGACAGCAUCACUCUCAGCGACAGCGUCAAAGACGGGCGUUAGAAAAUGGUGAGGAGAGCUCCACACGCCGACAGGAAAAUGCUGAACGUCAGCGACGAAGGCGAGAAUAUGAAAGCCUUGAAGAGCGAACCGCUAGGCAGACGGAAAAUCUCCAGAGGCAGCGUCGUAGACGCGAGCAAGAGAAUGCCGAGGAACGCUCUUCUAGGCUUGCAGGAAACGCUGAACGUCAGCGUCGUACACGGGAGCAAGAAAAUUUCGAGGAGCGCUCUUCUCGGCUCGCAGAAAACGCUGAACGUCAGCGUAUUAGACGCGAACGAGAGAGCUCUCAAGAACAAGCUACUCGGCUAGCAGAUAGCGCUGACCGUCAGCGUCGUCGGCGCGAGCAAGAAAGCUCAGAAGAGCAGGCCGCCAGGCUUGCAGAUAAUGCUAGACGACAACGUCGUCGGCGCGCGGUAGAGAGUCCAGAGGCUAUUUCUGCACGACGUGCAGAAAACGCUGACCGUCAACGUCUCAGUCGUGAAUUAGAGAGCAGAGAAACACAGCUUGCCCGGCUCGCAGAAAACGCUGAACGUCAACGUCGCAGGCGCCAGUUAGAAAGUGCUGACGAGCGAGUCGCUCGACUAUCGCAAGAAGCGCACCUUCAGCGUAGGAGACGCGGGUUACAAAGUGCUGAAGAAAGAAUUGCUCGGCUACAAGCUGACACCCGACGUCACCAGCAACAUCGCAGCACUGAAGGCAAUCUGGAGCGUUCUUCGCGACUGGACUCUAAUGCUGCACGAAAUCGUCAACGACGAGCAGAGGCAGUUGAGUGUGGAGUGGCCCUGCGUACACGGACGGCGGAGAAUGUUGCGAUCUGGGCAGGAUCCGUUUGA